GCCGGAAGUGAGCGCCAACAAGCAUGGCGUCUGUGUGCUGUGUGGCGGCUGUUUCCCGGCUCCUGAGGGCGGGGAGUGCUCGGGGCAGCAGGUUAAUUUUUUAUACUGUGUCUAGACGUGGGUUUAGAAAAGCACCAAAGAAAAAUGAACCUCGGAAAGUGGAAGCAGAGAAGACGGUUCAGAAAGAUUUACCCUCGAACGUGAACCAGACGAGCAAAAGCAGCCUGACCCCAGUGCUGGAGGAGCCGUUACUUUCGAAAUCAGCAUUGUCAUUCAGGCGACUCAUCAAACCCUUUGUGUUUACUGUAGGGUUCACAGGGACCACAUUCGGCGUGGCAGCCAUUUGGCAGUAUGAAGCACUCAAAUCCAGAGUUCAAAGUUACUUCAAUGACCUGCGAUUGGAUUGGUUAGAAAAACAUCAACCACCUAAAGCCGGAGACAUCAGGAAGCAGGUGAACCGGUGGUGGAACAGUCUUACCGAGGGACAACGGGCUGUCACAGGGAUUAUAGCGGUCAAUGCAUUAGUGUUCUGUCUGUGGAGAAUUCCCUCAAUGCAGUGGACUAUGGUCAGGUACUUCACCUCAAAUCCUGCUUCCAAGUCGCUGUGCCUACCUAUGGUCCUGUCCGUGUUCAGUCACUACUCAUUCUUCCACAUGGCAGCAAAUAUGUAUGUGCUGUGGAGUUUCUCCUCCAGCAUCGUAUCACUUCUUGGACAGGAGCAGUUCAUGGCUGUUUACCUGUCAGCAGGGGUUAUUUCUACAUUUACUAGCUAUUUAUAUAAAACAACCACUGGCCGUUUGGGAGCAUCACUUGGAGCUUCUGGUGCAAUAAUGGCUGUACUUGCUGCAGUUUGCUCCAAAAUGCCUGAAGCAAAACUUGCCAUCAUCCUACUGCCAAUGUUCACCUUCACAGCCAGCAGUGCUCUGAAAGCUAUCAUUGCCAUGGAUACAGCAGGCUUAAUUCUGGGAUGGAGAUUUUUUGACCAUGCAGCUCACUUGGGUGGUGCACUGUUCGGAAUUUGGUACAUCUUUCAUGGUCACGAGCUGAUAUGGAAGAACAGAGAGCCUCUGGUGAAGGUGUGGCAUGACCUAAGAACUAAGGGUCCUGGGAAUGGAGGAAAUGGCCCCUCCUAGGGAAGAAGCUGCAUUUUUAAAAUAUGAUUCUUGAAUGGAUUGAGAGAGAGAGCAGUGGACAGAAAUGAAAACUGGGAGGAAGAAUUUACAGCGAGAUCUGAACUCAGCUGCAAGCUGCUGCAAAUUUUAACUGAUAUUGAACGAAAUACAGAACUGCACAGUGAGAAAUAAACAUGUGUACUUUGAAGCAGUGUUGGGCAGACAUUUACCAACCUCAAAAUUUUGAACCUAAAUUUUAAGCUGUUUGAAACAGAUUCAUUAUUAUUCAUAAUGCAGAUAGUCUCUGUUAAGAUUUAUGCCAUAAUGGUAAGUUGUGUAAACUCGUCCACCUUUCACCCCUCUUCUGUCUCGUGGAUGAAUUACUAAAAAACUAAUUCAUGUCAGGCAAAUGUAUCUGUUGUCUUUAAAAUCUGUUAUCAUGGGAUAGUCUUAAAAAUGUACGCAGUCCAGUGAUGGCUUGCCUGAUACUGAGCUUGUAUUUUCAGAGUUACUCAAAUCUGGAGCUACUACCAUGGCUUGCAGCAAGCUCAAAGUACGUGCAGUGGAGAUUAAUCAGCUAAACUCAUGCAGUUUAUUAGCAGGGUCAUAACCUCUCUGUACUGCUUUUCCAGCCAGGCGCUAUCGCUUGCUGUUAGACCAUUGGUUGGCACAAUUCAUUGGAGCCAAAAGGGAAUGUUAAUAGUCACUGGUGUACUUUGUACUUUGAACUUUAAUUCAAAUCUCAAAAUUUAACUGUGAUGAAACCAAGAUGUUCACUUCAAUCAAGUCCUGAGAAGGUAAUAUGUGAAAAUUAUGGCUUAUAGUUUGCCAUCACAUUACAGUGAGGUUUCAGCUUUCUGGUAUACUGCUCAGUAAAUGGGCUUCUCCCAUCCAAAGCCCAGCCAUGCUGCCUAGAUGACAGUACAGCUCAAAAACACCUACCUAAUUUUUUUAGUGAAUUGUGUGUAUUACUCAAAUUGCAUCAAUGACAAGUGUGCAUCAUUGAGAAUCUUCAUUCAUUAAUGUCUUAUUUGGCAUAUCUUGUGCCUGAAAAGGAAGCAAAGGAAAAGUGUUUUAGCGUUAAAAGAUUAUAAGAACUUUUUAUUAUAAGAAAAUAUUAUCUUCUAUAUAAGAAAUGUCGUUGAUGGUUGAAGUUGAGUCUUUCUAAUCUUUCCUUAUAACUAUAAUCUUCCAUUCCAGGCAACAUCUUGGUGAAUCUCUUCUCAUUCUCUUUAAUGCUUUCUGCAGUGUGGCAAUCUGCAUAGUACUGCGUUCUAAUCAAUGUUUGUACAACCUCAACAUGUUUUCCCAACUCUUGUUGCAGUGCCAUAGCCUAUAGAGGCGAGCAUAAUUGCCUCCUUCUCUACACUUUGACGAUCAAAACCUAGAGGCUGUGUUCUUGUCACUUCAUUGAAUUUACACAAUAUAUUUCCAUUAGUUGCAUCUGAGGUUACUGUAUGCACUGCAUCUUUACACAGGUGGUUUGAAGGGCAAGGACACAUCCAAUCUAAAGUAGUUAAAAUAAAAACUGCAAGUAUUUGUUUUUGAUGUUUUAAGUAAGAAGAAUGGAAUUGCGAACUGAAUGGAACAGAAUGAAAAUUUAGAUACAGCAACAGGAUAAUUAAUUGCCUUAUCUAAGCAGAGGACACACUGGAGGGCUCAUCCACAGAGACAGUUUGGGUGGAGCGAUGAAAUAAGAAAGAUACAGUAAUGAUGAAGGGAUUAUACUAUAGACCCCUUCCCCAGUAGCCAAUGAGGUGGAAGAACAAGUAUGUAGGCAAAUUAUAGAAAAGUGCAGAAAAAAACAAGGUUGUCAUAGUGAGGGACGCUAACUUCCACAAUUUUAACUGAAAUGUUGUCAAUUAAAGAGGCUUGGAUAGGCCAGAAUUUCUUCAGUGCACCCAAGAGGGGUUCUUGAAACAGGAUGGAGGAGAUGACGUACUGGGUCUUGUUUUGAGGAAUGAGCCAGACCAGGUGAUAAACCUGAUAGUAGACAAACAUGUUGGAAAUGGUGACCACAAUGCUUUAUGCUUUAAGACAGUUAUGAGUAAGGAUAAAAUCAGAUCUUGCAGGAAGAUACAAAAAUGGGGGAGGGCAAAUUUUGGCAGAAUCAGACAGGGGCUAAGGGGCAAUGUUUAGAAGUAGCUGCUGUCAGACUAGUCCACGUCUGAAAUAUGGGUUCAGCUGGUUAGAGUUUAGGACCAACAAGAUCCGGUUGAGUAAGGACAGGGAUGCUAAGGUAAGGGAACCUUGGAUGACCCAUGAGGUUUUUAAUUUAGUCAGGAAGAAUAAGGAAACAUACAUAAGGUUAGAAAGCUAAAAUCAGACUGGGCCCUUUUAGAAUAUAAAGGUACCAGGAAAGUGCUCAAGCAGGUGAUUAGGAAAGCCAAUAUGGACCAUGAAAUGACCUUGAUGAGUAGGAUCAUGAAGUUUAUCAAGGUAUUUUAUACGUAUUAAGAAAAAGAGGAUAACUACGGUGAGGUUAGGUUCAUUCAAGGAUAAAGGGAAUUUGUGCAUGCAGUCAGCAAGUGGCUGAGGUACUGAAUGAGUACUUCUUGUCAGUGUUUACCAAGUAGAAGAAUUUGGAGAAUAGUGAAGGCAGAGUGGGCCUUUUGAAAUGGAGUUGGAGAAUAGUGCUUUGUCUUCUGAAAAGUGUUAAGGUGGAUAUGUCCCCAGAACCUGAUGGGAUAUAUUCCAGAAUAUUUAUGGAUGCAAGGUGAGGAGAUUGCUGGAGCUUUGCAAAAGAUCUUUGUGUCAUUGCGAGUAACAUGCAAGGUCUCAAAAUUUGAGAAUAGCAAAUAUUGUCUUUUUUUUCUGAGAGGGGUAAUUGUAAUUGAGUGUCCUUGCGUAAGUGGUAGGGAAGCUGUUGGAGAGAAUACUGAGCAAUAGGAUUUCUACACAUUUACAAAGUUAUAGCUUUUUACAGAGUAGGUCAUGCCUUACAAUUUUAAUCAAAGUUUUUCAGGAGAUAACCAAGGAUUUUGAUAAGAGCAAGAUGGUUAAUGUUAUCUACAUGGACUUUACUAAGGCAUGUGAUAAGGUAUCCCAUUGUUAGCUGAUUGAGAAGAUAAAGAUGUGUGGGAUGUUUUGAUUCUGAACUGGCUUGCCCAUUGAAGACAGAGCGUAGAGCUGUUAUUCUGGCUGGAAGUCUGUGACCUGUGGUGUUCUACAAGGAUCACUGCUGGGAACUCUGCUUGUAAAGUGUGUGUGUGUAUGUAUGUAUGUAUGUGUAUAUAUAUAUUUAUUGUGUGUGUGUGUUGGCGCAUGGCUAAGUGGUUAAGGCAUUCGUCUAGUGAUCGGAAGGUCGCUAGUUCGAGCCUUGACAGAAGCUGCGAGUGUGUCCUUGAGCAAGGCACUUAACCACACAUUGCUCUGCGACAACAUCGGUGCCAAGCUGUAUAGGUCCUAAUGCCCUUCCCUUGGACAACAUCCAUGGCAUGGAGAGGGGAGACUUGCAGCUUGGGCAACUGCCGGUCUUCCAUAAAAAAAACCUUGCCCAGGCUUGCCCCCUGGAAACUUUCCAAUGUGCAAAUCCAUGGUUUAUUGAGACUAACGAAGACACACACACACACACGUAGAUGAAAAUGUAAAUAGGGUAGAUUAGCAAAUUUGUGGAUGACACCAAGCUCGGUGGAGAUCGAGACAGAGUAAAGGACUUUCAAAGAAUAUAAAAUGAUAUAGAUCAGUUACAAAAGUGGGCAGAGGGGUGGCAGAUGGAAUUUAAUCCAGGCAAAUGUGAGAUGUUUUUUGGGAGGUCAAAUGAAAGGAGAAACAAUGCAGUAAAUGGUAGGCCCCAACUAGCUUUGAAGUAUUGAGGGAUCAUGGAGUCCAGGUCCAUAGUUCAUUGUUAGUGGCAACACAAGUGGAUAAGGGGAUAAUGAAGGCUUGCCUUCAUUGGUAAGAGUAUUGAGUGUAAUGGUAAGUAAGUCAUGCUGCAGCUAUAGCAAACUUUAGACCACACGUGAAAUAUUGUGUGAUUCUGGUAGUCCCAUUACAGGAAGGGUGUGAAUACUGUAGAGAUGAUGCUGAAAAGGUUUACCAAGAUGCUGCCUUGAUUAGACGGUAUCAUCUAUAAUGAAAACUUGGACAAACUUCAGGUUGUCCUCUUUAGGAUGUGGAGGCUGAGGGGAGACUUCAUAGAUGCUCUUAAUAUUAUGUGGCAUAGAUGGGGACUUUGAGAUAGGGUUAACAGACAGAAUCUUCUCUUUAGGGAUGUUAAAAUCAGAAGUCUUGCUUUUAAGGUUGGGGGUAAGUUUUUUUUUAAAAAUACUGAGUGGUAGGUGUCUGCAAUUGGUCACUAGGGGUAUUAGUGGAAGUAUUUGGGGUUGAGGCAUUUACAGACACACAAAUAUGGAUGAUAUCCUGGAGGAGAAUGUUUAAUAUAAAUUGGCCUCAGGAACUGAGACUGACAUGCAACAAUGCACUUCUCUUAAAUGUAUUUUUGUUCUUACUCCAAUUCUCUCUCCUUUUUCUGCUGUUUCUCUCUGGGCUUAGCACUGCAAUCACACAUCAAGAAACAAGUAGGCCUUGUGACUCCAUAAACAUGCUCUACCAGUCAAUAAAUUCAUGCACCUUCUGGUCUCUCUCCCAUCUUUGCUUUCCUUUAUCCCUCUCCAGCCUCACCUUCAAGACCUGCCCAUCAUCAACAUCUUCCUCUCUUUUGUUCCCCACCUCCUUCCCUUUACUCCAUCGUGUACUGUCCACUCAGAUUCCAUUUUGUUUAGUCCUUUGCGUCUUCCACCUAUCACCUCCCAGUUUCUCUCAUAAUUCCUAAUCCUUACCCAACACCUCCUCCCUACCUUCCCCCACACCCAGCUUCACCCAUUAUCUAUCAGCUCAUGCUCUUGCCUUUCACCUUGCCCUUUUAUUUUGGCUUCUGUUUACUUUCAUGCCCUGCAGACAAGUCUCACCCAGCAACGUCAACUCCGUAGAUGCUGUCUGACCUGUGAGUUCCUCCAGCAUUUGUGUGUUUUGCUCUAGAAUUUGUAAUUCCCAUUGAUAUUUUGGUUCCCCCAAUUUAUGCUCCACCUGGAGAAGUUUGGCACUUAUAAUGAUACUGGUUGUUGUGCCUUCCUCACAAAGAAACAAUUGGCAAGGGACAAGAAACAGUUGAUAUUUAGAUAGCACUUUAUUAUGUCCUGCAGCUCUCUGCUUACAUAUUGCAUAUGAUAGACACAACAGAUUCUACAGAUGUGAAAAUGCUCCUCCAACAUUUUGUGUGUAUGUGACCUAUCACCUUCUAGCUUGUCCUCCUUCCCUUGCCCCCAGCUUUUUUUUCUGGUGUCUUCCCCCUUCCUUUCCAGUCCUGAAGAAACAUCUUGGCCGAAAACAUUGACUAUUUAUUUAUUUCCAUGACACUGCCAGGCCUGUUGAGUUCCUCCAGCAUUUUGUGUGUAACUUUGCAUACAACGCAGUUCAAUAAAGAGUAAACAACUGAUUAAACAGCUUUUUGAUCUGAGGGAGUGGGAGAACUUUUCAAAGGUUGUGCCAUUAGAUACUUUGCAUCCACCUGAAUAGACUGCCAUAUUCUCCGUUUAAUGUUCUGAAUCACUAUGCAUCCAAUAGUGCUGGAUUCAAAUCUCAGUCAAUAUUAUAUGAAGAAGAAUACAGUACUACUUCACCUAAAAGCAUCUGAUGAGUUGCUUGGGUGCUUGCUUGUCACUGGGACGUGGCAAGAACCAGGUGUAGUGAAUACAAUCUAUUAAUGAAGAAGGCUGAGAUUAAUGGCAUUUGAGUAGGUAAGGGUUUUCUCCAUCACAGAGCUCCCAUAGAGCUAAAAAAAAACACACGAAAUGCCGGUGGAACACAGCAGGCCAGGCAUCAUCUAUAGGGAGAAACACUGUUGACGUUUCUGGCCGAGACCUUCGUCAGGACCUUCCUGACCUGCCGAAGGGUCUCGGCCUGAAAUGUCAACAGUGCUUCUCCUUAUAGAUGCUGCCUGGCCUGCUGUGUUCCACCAGCAUUUUGUGUGUAUUUGAAUUUCCAGCAUCUGCCGAUUUCCUCGUGUUUGCUCCCAUAGAGCUAAUUUGUUUGCACUCUGUGUUACCGUAUGAAAGAAAUUUCAUAAGAUUUUAGUAAAGCUGUAUUGUCGUGUAAUUUAUAUUGAUCUGCCAUUAUAAAACAAUGAUUUCCUGUUUUUAAAAAAAGUGAUCAUUUGACCACUUCUCAGUCCAAACCAUUACCUCAUCGAGGUCAGUUGAAGUUCACAGUACAGAUUAAAUGCAAUAACUUUAGACAGUUUUAAAUGAAAAUUCUUAGCUUGAUUAUCUGUAAAUAUGAAACAAAGCAAAUAGCUAGUUGCUUCAGAAAGAAGCAGAAGACAAGCAUUCUAUUGUUCUUGACUCAGAAUUUCAAUUAAAAUGGGAUUAAAUUGUCA